UCCGUCGCGCUGGUGCAUACGUCAGCGGCCGGCUCCCACCCUGAGGAGCCAAGGGCUCGACCGUAGACUCCGCGUCGGCGGCAGAGAGGAGCGGUGAAGGCGACGGCGUCAGCGAUGGCAGGGGCGGGGCCGGCUCCGGGACUCCCGGUAGCGGGAGGGCCCGUGGUCCCGGGGCCUGGUGUCGGCCUCCCGGGCAAGAGCGGCGAGGAACGCUUGAAAGAAAUGGAGGCGGAGAUGGCCCUGUUUGAGCAAGAAGUCCUGGGAGCUCCGGUGACCGGAAUCCCCGCUGCUGUGCCUGCGGUACCCACGGUAGAAGCCAUGCAGGUCCCAGCAGCUCCCGUGAUCCGCCCGAUUAUCGCCACCAACACAUACCAGCAGGUCCAACAGACCCUGGAAGCCCGGGCAGCUGCUGCAGCCACAGUAGUCCCUCCCAUGGUGGGAGGGCCUCCUUUUGUGGGCCCAGUUGGCUUUGGUCCUGCUGAUCGCAGUCACCUGGACAGUCCUGAGGCUCGAGAAGCCAUGUUCCUGAGACGAGCAGCUGUGGCCCCUCAGAGGGCCCCUAUCCUGCGUCCAGCCUUCGUCCCCCACGUGCUGCAGAGAGCAGAGUCUGCUCUCUCUUCUGCAGCAGGUGGACCCCGACCUAUGGCCCUGCGGCCCCCACACCAGGCUCUGGUUGGACCCCCUCUGCCUGGGCCUCCUGGACCACCCAUGAUGCUGCCACCUAUGGCCCGGGCCCCUGGACCACCUCUGGGUUCUAUGGCUGCUCUAAGACCUCCCCUGGAAGAGCCAACAGCCCCUCGAGAGUUGGGCCUUGGCCUUGGGUUAGGCCUGAAGGAGAAGGAGGAGGCAGUAGUGGCCGCAGCAGCUGGGCUGGAGGAAGCCAGUGCAGCAGUGGCUGUGGCAGGAGCCCCGGCUGGCCCUGCAGUCAUUGGUCCCAGCCUCCCGCUGGCCCUAGCCAUGCCCUUGCCUGAGCCCGAGCCCCUGCCCCUCCCACUGGAGGUGGUACGAGGCCUGCUGCCUCCACUUCGAAUCCCUGAGCUCCUGUCCCUGCGUCCACGGCCCCGGCCCCCUCGGCCUGAACCACCUCCUGGCCUCAUGGCCCUAGAGGUCCCAGAGCCGCUGGGUGAGGACAAGAAGAAAGGCAAACCAGAGAAACUGAAACGCUGCAUUCGCACAGCAGCAGGGAGCAGCUGGGAGGACCCCAGCCUGCUGGAGUGGGAUGCUGAUGACUUCCGGAUCUUCUGUGGGGACCUGGGCAAUGAGGUGAAUGAUGACAUCUUGGCACGUGCCUUCAGCCGUUUCCCAUCCUUCCUUAAGGCUAAAGUGAUCCGUGACAAGCGUACAGGCAAAACCAAGGGCUAUGGCUUUGUCAGCUUCAAGGAUCCCAGUGACUAUGUGCGCGCCAUGCGGGAGAUGAAUGGAAAGUACGUGGGCUCACGCCCCAUCAAGCUUCGCAAAAGCAUGUGGAAAGACCGGAACCUGGAUGUGGUCCGCAAGAAGCAGAAGGAAAAGAAAAAAUUGGGCCUCAGAUAGGGUCUGUGGCUUGACACCCGUUCCCACCCAGCCAGGCGCUAGCUCCUUCCCACAGAUGUUUCUGGGAAACCCUAGCUGGCCACUCACCUGUCCCAAAACCAGUUUCAAUAAAUUUACGUUCAUUUCCAUA